AAAGCGUUUCCGUCGCCGGAUUACUACCAGUCCCGGCCCCACUCCGCCACUUCUCUCUCCCUUCUCUUGGUCUCUCCUGUCCCCAUCCAUUCGCCUCCAACUCCGAUCUCCCCACGCACCUAACCUUCGAAAAAAAUCCCUCCUUACCCCUCUCAGAUCUGAGCCCCUUCUCCCAUGAAGAGUAGGCUCCGGAAUUCGACAUUUCCUUUCCGAGAUACAAUCUAGGGUUUGAUGCGUUUCCCCUUGAUCCUUUCGGGUCUCCGAAAGAUGCAGACGAGGGUGUCCUCGAUGGAGGACAUCAAGGAUUCGUUGCAGAGGGCUCAGCCCAGGGCCGCCCCUCUGGUUCUGUUGAAGGUUUUUGUACUCUUCCUUGCUCUCGGCGUCGGGUUCUCGGUGCUUAGUAUGUACAUGACGAGGAAUUUAAAGGUUCAAAAUGUGGUCUUGCAAACGAAGGCCCGUUUCGAACCGUGCGUCGAGGAGCAGAGUCGUCUCGAUUGGUGGAUCAGGCCUCCAUCCAACUUGAUGCAUAAUAUGAGCGAUAAGGAGCUCCUUUGGCGGGCGUCAUUCGUGCCGCUGGUGAACAAGUAUCCCUUCAAAAGGGUACCCAAGAUUGCGUUCAUGUUCUUGACCAGAGGGCCGUUGCCGCUGUCUCCUCUGUGGGAGAAGUACUUCAAGGGGCAUAAAGGGCUCUACUCGAUCUAUAUCCAUGCCCUGCCGUGGUACCAGGGGAACUUCACUUCAGACUCGGUAUUCUAUCGGAGGCAAAUCCCCAGUAAGGUAUCCGAGUGGGGGCAGAUGAGCAUGUGCGAUGCUGAGAGACGACUCCUUGCAAAUGCUCUGUUAGAUCUUUCAAAUGAAUGGUUUGUUCUGCUGUCUGAGUCUUGCAUCCCACUAUCUAACUUCAGCAUCGCCUACAAACACUUGAUGAGAUCUAGGCACAGUUUUAUUGGGGCUAUGGAUGAUCCGGGACCUUAUGGAAGAGGACGGUACAACUUGAACAUGGCACCUGAGGUCAACAUCACACAAUGGCGUAAAGGCUCUCAGUGGUUUGCAGUUAGUCGGAAAUCUGCAGUCAGUAUAGUGAAAGAUACCACGUACUAUCCAAAGUUUGAAAACUUCUGCAAGCCAAAUUGUUACGUGGAUGAACACUACUUUCCUACCUUGCUCACCAUUGAAUCACCACAUCUUCUGGCGAAUAGAAGUAUUACUUGGGUAGACUGGUCGAGGGGUGGUGCUCACCCAGCAACAUUUGGGGGGGCUGAUAUUACGGAAACAUUUAUAAGGAGUAUUCUUGAGGGCCAUACUUGUUUAUACAAUAACCAGUCCACGUCACUUUGUCACCUCUUUGCUAGGAAGUUCGCUCCAAGUGCUUUGGAGCCUCUUCUACAGGUAGCACCCAAGAUGCUUGGAUUUGGUUAGGCAAGUGAAGAUAUGGAUUCAUAAGACCCUAGUCUUUCAUUCUGCCAUUAUUGUGGCUCAGUUUUCAGGAGAUCUGCUUGGGAAUCAUUCUUCUAGGAAAUUAAUAGACUUAUUUCGGUAGUGAAACCCUUGAAUAUUUUUCCCCCUCGACCAUUACCUUCUCAUAAUUCUUCCUCUGUAUAGCAAAAUACCAGGAAUGGAACUCAAAAUACUAUUUGAAUGGCAGGGUUUCAUUUACAUAAUUCGCUAGCAUGAAGCAAUUAUUUCUGCUCU